AGAGCAGAAAAAACUUGUCUCCUUCCUACCUCUCUUCUUCUUCCAUCUCAUCCUACCUAUACCCUUAUAUCUCCUUUUCCAUCCUCCACUCCUCUCGAUUGAAUCGACCGGAGUGAUCAUUAUAGCUCCCUUUCUUUAAUACCUGUAUUAACCCUUUCAUUUAAUCACAUUCACAAUGCUGUCCUCUCGUAUCUCUCGCGCGCUCCCGCGCACUGCUUUCACCCGUACUCCUGCCUUCAGAGUUCCCAGUGCUUCCAUCCGGAGAUGGAACUCCACGGAGGGAGGUGAGGAGAAGGUGAAGGGUCAGGUCAUCGGUAUUGACUUGGGUACCACCAACUCCGCCGUUGCCGUUAUGGAGGGCAAGACUCCCAAGAUUAUCGAGAACGCCGAAGGUGCUAGAACAACUCCUUCCGUUGUCGCUUUCGCCCAGGAUGGUGAGCGCUUGGUGGGUAUCGCCGCUAAGCGCCAGGCCGUCGUCAACCCCGAGAACACUCUCUUUGCCACCAAGCGUCUCAUCGGUCGCAAGUUCACCGAUGCUGAGGUCCAGCGUGAUAUCAAGGAGGUCCCUUACAAGAUCGUCCAGCACAGCAACGGUGAUGCCUGGGUCCAGGCUCGCGACCAGAAGUAUUCUCCUUCCCAGAUUGGUGGUUUCGUCCUCAACAAGAUGAAGGAGACUGCCGAGAACUACCUUAGCAAGCCCGUCAAGAAUGCCGUCGUUACUGUUCCUGCCUACUUCAACGACUCCCAGCGUCAGGCUACCAAGGACGCUGGUCAGAUUGCUGGUCUGAACGUCCUCCGUGUUGUCAACGAGCCCACUGCUGCCGCCCUUGCUUACGGUCUCGAGAAGGAGGCUGACCGUGUUGUCGCCGUCUACGAUCUCGGUGGUGGUACCUUCGAUAUCUCCGUUCUGGAGAUCCAGAAGGGUGUCUUCGAAGUUAAGUCCACCAACGGUGACACUCACCUUGGUGGUGAGGAUUUCGAUAUCUCUCUUGUCCGCCACAUUGUCCAGCAGUUCAAGAAGGACUCUGGUCUCGAUCUCUCCGGUGAUCGUAUGGCUAUCCAGCGUAUCCGCGAGGCUGCUGAGAAGGCCAAGAUUGAGCUGUCUUCUUCCCUCCAGACCGAGAUCAACCUUCCUUUCAUCACUGCUGAUGCCAGCGGUGCCAAGCACAUCAACCUCAAGAUGACUCGCUCUCAGCUUGAGUCACUGGUUGACCCCCUUAUCAGCCGCACCAUCGAGCCCGUCCGCAAGGCCCUUAAGGACGCCAACCUCCAGUCCAGCGAGAUCCAGGACAUUAUCCUUGUCGGUGGUAUGACCCGUAUGCCCAAGGUCACCGAGUCCGUCAAGUCGAUGUUCGGUCGUGACCCCGCCAAGUCCGUUAACCCUGAUGAGGCUGUUGCUAUCGGUGCUGCUAUCCAGGGUGCUGUUCUUGCUGGUGAGGUCACUGAUGUUCUUCUCCUGGACGUCACCCCUCUGUCCCUCGGUAUCGAGACCCUUGGUGGUGUUUUCACUCGUCUGAUCAACCGCAACACUACCAUCCCCACCAAGAAGUCCCAGACCUUCUCCACUGCCGCUGAUUUCCAGACUGCUGUCGAGAUCAAGGUCUUCCAGGGUGAGCGUGAGCUUGUCAAGGACAACAAGCUCCUCGGAAACUUCCAGCUCGUUGGUAUUCCUCCUGCCCACCGCGGUGUUCCCCAGAUUGAGGUCACCUUCGACAUCGACGCCGACUCCAUUGUCCACGUCGGUGCCAAGGACAAGUCCACUGGCAAGGACCAGUCUAUCACUAUCGCCUCUGGCUCUGGUCUCUCUGACUCUGAGAUCCAGUCCAUGGUUGAGGAUGCUGAGAAGUACGGUGCUGAGGACAAGGAGCGCAAGUCCGCCAUCGAGGCUGCCAACCGUGCCGACAGCGUUGUGAACGACACCGAGAAGGCCCUCAAGGAGUUCGAGGACCGCCUCGACAAGGCUGAGGCCGAGCAGAUCCGCGAGAAGAUUGCUUCUCUCCGCGAGUUCAUCGCCCAGAACCAGUCUGGUGAGGGUACUGCUACUGCCGAGGAGUUCAAGCAGAAGACCGACGAGCUCCAGAACGCUAGCUUGACCCUCUUCGACAAGAUGCACAAGGCCCAGGCUGAGCAGCAGCAGCAGCAGGGCCAGGGCGAGAACAAGGCCUAAGUGUAUCAUGAUUGAAAAUCCCAUACCUCGAUGGGAUAUUCUUGUACUAUCUCUUUCUCAGUAUUCCCUAGAGGCUUUCCUCUUCACCUUUGAUUUACGCAUGAUAUGUACACAUACCGAUAGCUUUGAUUGAUUUACCUUUGUUCGGUGUAUGGGUGUUCUAUUCUGAUUUGUUUUUUCACCUUCCUAUUUCCUCCAUUACUUUUGUUGUUCUCUUCUCCCAUUUCAUAAACUCCUUUCGCACUUAUUGGGCCGGAUCAGCGUUUGUAUUUGACGGAGGGCAAUCCGUUGGGUCGGAUGCAUGGAGUGUCUACAUCUUUGUAACUUAAUGACAUUAUGGCUGGGGGACCACAAAAAAGGAAAAGUAUGUGGUGUGGGACCAUGUGACAAUAGAAGAAGAAAUUCUCCUCUCGAUUCAAGCCAAUGUGCAUGCUU